AUGCAUUCUUCCGCUCUCCUCACUUCUGCAUUCGCAGUGGGCGCUCUGGCUUGGCCUAACCCGUUUGAAAAGCGCCAGCAAGCUACUGUUACGGUUACGGUCACGUUCAACCCAUACGCAACGCCUGCAUGGACUGCGCCGCAUUUCUCGCAAACACCCAACACACGUCGUCCUACAAACGCCCCGCCUCUAUGGACUCCUCCACGUGUGGGUGCUUCGAGUGUCGUAGCCAACCCUGCCCCCAUUAGAUCAUCUUCUGUCACAUCGAGGCCUGCUGUGCCCAUUACCUCGACCAGGCCUUCUUCUUCUGUACCACCCGUUAUUGCUCCCAUCUCCAACAGGCCGUCCACCUCGGUCGCUGUCCCUGUGUCAGUUCCGUCUGUCGGCGUCCCUAGACCGUCAUCUUCUUCUAUCAGAGCGCCGGGAGCGUCCUCCAGCGCCGCUCCAACGGCUGCGCCUUCAGCUAUUGCUGGGAACGAUCACAUUUCCGGUACAUCGCAAGCUUCUCUUUCAGUCGGACCCGAGUAUCAGCGAGCGAUUCUCUAUCACCACAAUGCUGCUCGCGCUAACCACAAUGCCGGCCCAUUGGUUUGGGACGAUGCCGUUGCUCAGACUGCCGCCCAGGCUGCCAACACUUGCAAGUUUGAACACUACAUCCCUACGGGAGCCAACCAGGGACAGAACCUUUUCACUACUUCCGGUACUGUCUUCAAUGUCACUGCCGGUAUAACCGAGAGCUGGUACAAGGGCGAGUUCCAAGCUAUGCUGCCUUACUUCGGCGCGGCAAACAUUCCCGAUGAUGUUUUCCACAACGUUGGUCAUCUCACACAAGUGCUCUGGAAGGGCACUACCAAGGUGGGCUGCGUCUCUCUUGAUUGCGGCACCAGGAUGAUGGUUGGCGGCCAGCCAUCCAACUUGAACAAGUACACAGUCUGCAACUACUCGCCUCCAGGCAACGUUUAUGGCCAAUACGCAACCAAUGUCGGUUCACCCAUUAGCCAGAGUGAUGCUGCACUAGGUCACUGGUAUGACUAA